AGGCCGGGAGGCGGGGAGGCCGGGGCGGCGGGCGCGGCGGGCGCGCAGCUCGGCGGGAGGCGGGCGCCCGGAGUCGCGGCCGGGGGCGCCGUCCCAGGGCAGGGCUGCCCGGCCCCGGCCCCGGGCCGCCCGCGCUCCCCAUGAAAAACCAGCUCCGCGGCCCCCCAGUGCGGGCGCACAUGUCGGCCUCGGGGGCGGCGGCGGCGGCGGGGUCGGAGCCCGGUGCGGGGCCCGGGGGCGGCGCGGGCCCCGGGGCGGGUGCGGCGACGGCGGCGGGGGCCAUGCCCUGCAAGAGCGCCGAGUGGCUGCAGGAGGAGCUGGAGGCGCGCGGCGGCGCGUCCCUGCUGCUGCUCGACUGCCGGCCGCACGAGCUCUUCGAGUCGUCGCACAUCGAGACGGCCAUCAACCUGGCCAUCCCGGGCCUCAUGCUGCGCCGCCUGCGCAAGGGCAACCUGCCCAUCCGCUCCAUCAUCCCCAACCACGCCGACAAGGAGCGCUUCGCCACGCGCUGCAAGGCGGCCACCGUGCUGCUCUACGACGAGGCCACCGCCGAGUGGCAGCCCGAGCCCGGCGCGCCCGCCUCGGUGCUCGGCCUGCUCCUGCAGAAGCUCCGCGACGACGGCUGCCAGGCCUACUACCUCCAAGGUGGUUUUAACAAGUUCCAGACUGAGUACUCGGAGCACUGCGAGACCAACGUGGACAGCUCGUCCUCGCCGAGUGGCUCACCACCCACCUCUGUGCUGGGCCUGGGGGGCCUCCGCAUCAGCUCCGACUGCUCGGAUGGGGAGUCAGACCGCGAGCUGCCCAGCAGUGCCACAGAGUCCGACGGCAGCCCCGUGCCCUCCAGCCAGCCGGCGUUCCCCGUCCAGAUCCUACCCUACCUCUACCUCGGCUGUGCCAAGGACUCCACCAACCUGGACGUGCUCGGCAAGUACGGCAUCAAGUACAUCCUUAACGUCACGCCCAACCUGCCCAACGCCUUUGAGCAUGGUGGCGAGUUCACCUACAAGCAGAUCCCCAUCUCCGACCACUGGAGCCAGAACCUCUCCCAGUUCUUCCCUGAGGCCAUCAGCUUCAUCGACGAGGCCCGCUCCAAGAAGUGCGGCGUGCUGGUGCACUGCCUGGCCGGCAUCAGCCGCUCGGUGACUGUCACCGUGGCCUACCUGAUGCAGAAGAUGAACCUGUCACUCAAUGAUGCCUAUGACUUUGUCAAGAGGAAAAAGUCCAACAUCUCGCCCAACUUCAACUUCAUGGGGCAGCUGCUGGACUUCGAGCGGACGCUGGGGCUGAGCAGCCCGUGCGACAACCAUACGCCCAGCGAGCAGCUCUAUUUCUCCACGCCCACCAACCACAACCUGUACCCCCUCAAUACCCUCGAGUCCACGUGAGGCCUGGGACCUGAGACAGACGCUGGGUGCCAGCCCCUCCCCAGCCCCCUCGGGGGGCUCGGGGGACAGGUCCACACCCGCUGCAUCCGGCCUCAGGGGCUCGUGGAUGCUGCCUGGGCCCAGGGGUGCAGUCCACGGUGACAGGGCUUCUCCACCAUCUGCGAGGCCGGCCGCGGCAAAGCCUCCAUCAGCAGGACUUCCUGGGGAGCCCUUGGCUCUCGGACAUGUGGCUUGGGGAGUCCUCAUCCCGGAACACUCCUUUCUGCUGUUGACCCAACCAGUUUGGCGGUUUUUAAAGAGACAUCAACAGACCUGAGUUUACUUUUUACUGUUGGCAGGUAAACCCACGCUCUCUGGAGCACAGACAGUGUCCAAACUCUUCUUGAUUUUCUUUUUUAACGAAAAAGUGUUAUUUUUAGGCAACAUGCAACAGCAGAUUGUACAAAAACCAGUAUUUCAUCCCUUUUUUGAUCCUGCGAGAAAGCGAGAGAGAGCGUGUGCGACAGAGAAGUGUUCUCAGUUUUUUCUAUUUCAAAAAGCAAUUAUUGUUGUUGUUGAUUUUUUUUUUUUAAUGGAAAAGACAAACCCCGUGUUGAUCUUGACCAAAUGCAUUUUGCACAUGUGUGGAGCCUCCGUUUCUGCAGUGGGCCCCAGAUGGGGUAGCCUGCUGCUCUGUAGGCUUCGGACCUCCCCCCGCCACACCCCCCGGCGCCUGCCAUGCCCUGCCUGGCACUGCAGUGACUGCUGCAUGUUGUAACUGGCGGGUCUGCAGUCUUGCUGGGGCAGGAGCAGGUUGGCCCUGCCAUAGUCUGGGCUGGUGGUAGCGGAGUCCCGGGACACUGCCAAGCAGUAGCAUUAGCCCUUCGGGAUCAGCCUCUCGGAGGCCUGAGCCCUGGGC